AUGUCACAGGGCUUCUACCAGGGCCUCUUCACCUUCCCCGAUGGCGUCCAUGAGCCCAACGGCGCCGCUGGCAACCUGCUCUCGGACAUGUUCAAUUUACCCUCCGGCGGGGGCUCCCAGGCUGCUGACCUCGCCGCCAGCCAGAUCCCGCCAAAUUUCCGCCACCAGAGAUCCGCCCCCUCGGAAGCGGGGCCGCCCUCCUUCUCUGGAGACUGGUAUGCCGGCGGCGGCAGCAUGACCCACCUGGCAAACGCAGCAGCGAAGCCGGCACCACUGCCGCAGCCGCAUAAUUUCCCCGGUUUGAACGCCGCCACCGCUAUGCAACUGUUCCUGCUCAAUCCCCAGCAGCAAAGGCCGCCGCCCCACUCGGCCGCGCUACCACAUCCCUACUUCUUUCCGGCCGAGCAGGUGGAGUACGGGGGAUCCUUCUCGGCGGCGCAGGGGCUGAGGCAAUCGAGGUACGCUCGCGCCGCUCAGGAGCUUCUGGAGGAGUUCUGCAGCGUAGUGAGGGGGCAGAUGAGGGCGAGGGGAGGAGGAGGGAGGGGGAAGAGACAGGUUUCCUCCUCCUCCUCCGCCGUCACCGGCGACGGUGGGCCGUCCGCCACCGCCCCCGGUAUGGAGGCCCCCGUCGACAGGUUCGAACAGCAAAGGAAGAAGGCUCAGCUCUUGUCCAUGCUCAAUGAGGCACGUAGUCUUACAUCUCUCUCGCUCCUCUCUCUCUCUCUCUCUCUCUCUCUUAACCCCACCUCCCUCUCUCUCUCUUUUGCACCAGCUUUCCCCUUUCUCGUCUGUCGUACCUCUUUCUUCCUUCGCUUCCUGUCUCCCACCUUCCCCCUCCUGCACUGCCCACCAGUGAAACCCUAGGCGAUAUUGGCCCCGCGAUCCUCUUGCUCUCUCUCUCUCUCUCCAUCCCCAUUCAGAUCUACUCCAAAAACUCCUCAGAGAAACCUGGGGUUGAGCGCGAGGAUAGAUGCCUCCUGGUCUGAGUUGACUUUGAGGGGCUGUGAUGGGGAAAUCGUGAUCCACAUCAUAAUUGGCACUCUUCUUCUUGUUGUUCUUCUUCCCCCUGCCUCCAUGGUUACGACAAUUCCCCGAAGAAGAAACGUGGGAAUAUCGAGUUAUUCUCUCAGACAUCCUUUCCAUUCUCAGGAAAGAAAAAAAAGAGAGCAGUGUAAAUCCAUGCAACCGAAGUCCCCCCCCCCUUCUCUCUCUCUCUCUCUCUCUCUCUCUCUCUUUCUUUCCUUCUCUCGCUUGUCCUCCUAGUUUCCCUGAACUCAGAGGCCGCGACUGAGGAAUCAUCUUUUUUCUGCUCUAUCUUGUAGUAAUGGCGGGGCGUUCACCAUAUCUCUAUCGCUCUCUCUCUGUCUCAUGGCCGCGAGUUAACCAUCUUUCUUCUGCUAUCUUCAUCCUCUCUCUCUCUUUCUCGCACUCCCUCUCGUGGUAUUAGAUUGACCAUCUCUCUUCUUCCUCUUCCCUCUUUCUCGCACUCACACUCAUGGUAGUAGAUUAACCGUCUUUCUUCUUCGUCCUCCUCUCUCUCUCUCUCUCUCCCUCUCCCUCUUUCUCAUAGAAGUAGAUUUGCCGUCUUUCCUCUCUCCUCUCCCUCUCUUUCUCAUGGUAGUAGAUUAACCGUUUUCUUCCUCCUUCCCCCCCUCUCUCUCUCGGUAGUAGAUUAACCGUCUUUCUUCUUCUUCCUCUCUCCUUCUAAUGGCGGUGGACAAACCAUUCAUUCUUCUUCCUCUCUUUCUAAUGAAGGUGGAUUAACAUCGUCCUUCCUCUCUCUCUCUCUCUCUCGCUACUGGUUACGGACUAAUAAUAUCUUUCUUCCACUCUCUUUCUCGAACCGCAGUUGAUUAUCCAUAUCUGUCUUCUCUCUCUCUCCCUCUCUCUCUCUCUCUCUCUCGCUACUGGUUACGGACUAAUAAUAUCUUUCUUCCACUCUCUUUCUCGAACCGCAGUUGAUUAUCCACAACUGUCUUCUCUCUCUCUCUCAUCUUCUUUCUCCUCCCCCUCUCCCACCGUAAUGCCCGUAAAUUCACCACCUUCCUUCUUCUUAUCUUCUCCCUCCCUCUCUCUCUCUCUCUUGUUUUCUCGAGUCCAUCCAUUUCCAUGAGCACUGAGCCGUGAGUGUUCUGGUGGCGGCGUUGGAACAGAUCGAUAGAAGAUACAGCAGCUACUGCGACCAGAUGCAGGCGGUGAUGAGCUCCUUCGACUCCGCCAUGGGCCUCGGCUCAGCGAUCCCCUACACCGCCCUCGCCCGCCAGGCCAUGUCCCGCCAUUUUCGCGCCCUCAAGGACGCCGUCGCCGCUCAGCUCCGCAGGACCUGCUCGCUGCUCGGCGAGGACGCUGGCGGCGGCGGCGGCGGAGGAGCUGCGGGGCUCACCAAGGGAGAGACCCCGCGGCUGAGGCUGCUCGAGCAGAGCCUGUGGCGGCAGCGAUCGCUCAGCCACGGCGGCGCCGCUCUCGAGCAGGAGACAUGGCGACCGCAGAGGGGCCUGCCGGAGCGCUCCGUCAAGGUCCUCCGGGCUUGGCUCUUCGAGCACUUCCUUCACCCGUAAGCUCUCUCUCUCUCUCCUGUUUCUCUCUGUAUCUUUGUCUGUAGAGAUGUGGGAUGAGAUCUAGCCGCCGAUCCAGCGGAGAUUAACCGUGGCAGCCAUAUGAAACUUUCUCUCUCUUCCUUCACUUACACUGUCGACUGUCCUUUCCCCCCUUCCUCCUCCCAUUCCCCACCUCUGCUCUGCUGUGCAUGGACCUUUUAUGAGGUAACUGACGAUGCUCUCUCUCUCUCUCUCUACAGGUACCCUAGUGAUGCAGACAAGCAUUCGUUGGCGAGACAGACGGGUCUGUCGAGAAGCCAGGUCAGUUUCCUCCCUUCAAUUAUGAGAGAUGAAGUACGACCUCACCUAGCCCUGUAAGAGAAAGAGAGAGAGAGAGAGAACCAUAAAAUAUAAUAAACACGAAAAUGAAAAUGGUUGACACUAAUUUAUCUGAUUCUUUAGAGACCAAAUAGGAGGACGAUUGAUCCAUAUGAACUGAGAAUUUCUGUGGUUAAAUAAUAUCAUAAAAUUAAUUAUAUGGUUAGGGUUUAUGUGGGAGGUCAACUGGCCGGACCUAGCCAUGGCUCUCUCCUGGGGAUGAGAUCACGUAUUUGAGAGCCCAAGAAGGAAAGCUCUAUUUCUGCCUCCUUAGGUUAGUGUUAGAACACCAGUACACACACUUUCUCCCUCUAGAUCUAAGCUAAGGAAGAACAGUGUAUAAAUAAUAUAAAGUUUUACUCUUUCUCUCUCCUGGGUAGUCACCGAACAGUUUACUCUCCCUCUCUCUCUAAGCCGACUGAACAAAUGAAAGAUAAUCUGUAAAUGUACACAACCUAUGAAAAUUCAAAACUUAUGAAGAUAAUCCUACUAAUAUCCCUCUACACCCAUUAAAAAAUCCAAAUGAUUCCUCCCUUUCUCCUACUAGUGUGAGUACAGUACUCUCUCUCUCCGCUUGUGUAGUGAUAGAGCACACGCACACACACUCUCUCCUCUCUCUCUCUCUCGCGCUGAAGUGAGCGAGCAGUACUUUCUCUCUCUAUCUGUCUUUCACACACAGAGAUCCUACCAAGCAGCGACAUAAGCAUUAAAUAUCCCCCAUCGGGUCUCGCUCUCUCUCCCCUCUGUGGAUUUCACCUUCCCAAGGGCGCUCUCCCUCUCUCUCCGGGGCCUUCCCCAUUUACUAUUCGCUGCCAUGGUCGGCAGCUCACACAGGCCAUCUGGGCAUCACCCUCUGCAGGUCUCCAACUGGUUCAUCAAUGCCAGGGUUCGCCUGUGGAAGCCCAUGGUUGAGGAGAUGUACCAGAAGGAGUCCACGGCGGCGGAGGACCAGACUCCGCCGCCGGAGCCGGCACCGGGAGGGGCCGGCGAGGGCAGUUCGUGGUCGCCGGCGCCGUCCCACCGGAGCCAGCAGUACCAGCAGGAGCGCCUUGCCCCCUGGGAAGCAGCGGCGGCGGCGCGGCACGGAGACGGCGUCGACAUGGCGGCGCUGCUCGUCGGCGAUCUCUGCGAGCUCGGCGGCGCCGCCGGGCUCGCCACUUCCGGCGACGUCUCCCUCACCCUCGGCCUCCGCCACGCCGGCAACUCUCCGGCGAUGCGGAGGUUUCCCGGCGAGGGCUUCUGA